ACAUGCUAUGGCCAUGGCCACCCUCGGUCCCAAAUCCCAUGUAGACAAAUGUUGCAGGUUGUUGAUGGAUUAUAGUAUAGCCAACAGUUGUUGAUCACAGACUCCAAAAACCCGUUCUUGAUUCUUCAAAGGAUUCCCACACAGUAGAGUACACGACAAAGAAGCCUAUUUUCAAAAGCUUUCUGCCCCCUCCAAGGCAAAGCCAGGCCAAGCCACGUCAUCGCUUCUCUUUCGCUCUUCGUCCUCUCAACAACAACCCUUUAGACUCACAACCCCUCCUCUCUCUCUCUCUCUCUCUCUCUCUCUCUCUCUGGCGCGUGAUUCUUGCAGGUGAUUGUGCAUUAUUUUGAACCAUGAUAGGCAACGCCAGUAGCAGGCCUUCCUGGUUUAUCCAAAUUAUUUUCACGGCAAUCACCUUCCUGAGCUGUGGGGGCAGAGCAUAUGGUGGAAUCACAAGUACAUUUAUCAGAUCAGAGUGGCCAUCUGUUGACAUUCCUUUCGAUAAUGAAGCCUUUGCAGUCCCCAAGGGUGACAACGCACCACAACAAGUGCAUAUCACACAAGGUGAUUACGAUGGGAAGGCUGUCAUUGUAUCGUGGGUGACUCCUGAUGCACCUGGUUUGAGUAUAGUUCACUUUGGAACAUCGCCGGAAAGAUACCCUCUUUCUGCUGAAGGGACAAUGACAAACUACAGCUUCCAUAACUACAAGUCUGGUUACAUACAUCACUGUCUACUUGAGGGCCUCGAGUAUGACACCAAGUACUAUUACAAGAUUGGAGAGGGCGAUUCUUCCCGAGAAUUUUGGUUUCAAACACCUCCAAAGAUUGGUCCGGAUGCUCCAUACAAAUUUGGGAUCAUUGGUGACCUGGGACAGACUUACAAUUCUCUAUCCACUCUUGAGCAUUAUAUGCACAGUGGAGCUCAAGCUGUGUUAUUUGUUGGGGAUCUUUCUUAUGCUGAUAGGUAUCAGUACGAUGAUGUUGGGUCAAGGUGGGAUACAUGGGGGCGCUUUGUUGAAAAAAGUGCUGCGUAUCAACCCUGGAUCUGGUCUGUUGGGAAUCAUGAGAUCGAGUACAUGCCAUACAUGGGAGAAGUUAUUCCUUUCAAGUCAUACCUUCAUCGGUAUGCUACCCCUUAUUUGGCAUCCAAAAGCAUCAGUCCUCUUUGGUACGCUAUCAGACGUGCAUCUGCCCAUAUUAUAGUGUUGUCAAGCUAUUCCCCCUUUGUGAAAUACACACCACAAUGGAUGUGGCUAAGAGAAGAAUUCAAAGGGGUGGAUAGGGAGAAGACCCCUUGGCUCAUUGUACUGAUGCAUAUUCCAAUCUAUAAUAGCAAUGAUGCUCACUUCAUGGAGGGUGAAAGUAUGAGAUCAGUAUUCGAGAGUUGGUUUGUCCAAAACAAAGUUGAUGUUAUUUUCGCUGGCCAUGUCCAUGCUUAUGAAAGAUCGUAUCGGAUCUCAAAUAUACAUUACAACGUGUCAACUGGUGAUCCUUACCCCGUCCCGGACGAGUCGGCUCCUGUCUACAUUACUGUUGGAGAUGGAGGCAAUCAGGAAGGCCUUGCUGGAAGGUUUAGAGAUCCGCAACCAGAAUAUUCUGCAUUCCGAGAAGCCAGUUAUGGUCAUUCAACACUGGAAAUAAAAAAUAGAACACAUGCACUCUACCACUGGAACCGAAAUGAUGAUGGCAAAAAGGUGGGAGCAGACUCCUUUGUACUCCAUAAUCAAUUUUGGGCAACCAAUGGAAGGAGAAGAAAACUGAAGAAGAAGCAUUAUCUGAUGAGCUUAGUGGGCCAGACUGUGGCUUACUGAGCAGAAGUUCAAGCUGUCACAUAGGACGGUUUGUUGACUCGACGGAGUCAAUCAAGCAAAGUGCUAAGCUGGCCCAGUCUUGUUCAGUUUAAUAGCCUCGCAUCCAGAGCAAUUUUAGAUGCACAGCAUCUCCUGCUACUGCUAAUCUGUGUGUUGCUGUGUAUGCCUGCAUCGCUGGGAUAAUUCCAUCCAAAAGCAAGGGAUCUUGUUUAGCGGAUAUCACAUUUAACUAGCUGUUAUUUAUACUCCUUCUAUGUGAUAUUAAUCAAGUGGAACACCCUAAAAUGGUUUCUUGUUCUUCUUCGGAAUGAUGUUGUUUGUGACAUAAACGAUUGCCCAUGCUCUUGAUGAAUGUAUAUGGCAUUUUGGGCGUUACUCACCAUAAAUUUUAUAAUGCUGGUAUGAACGCUUUAUGUCAUACCAUUUUCUUUCCCUUUUA